UCUGCAUUAGACCCUGACGGGCUGCGCCUCUGUUGACUUAUUCAAACUCUUGUUUUUGUGGAUACUCUACAAUAAUAGGUUGCUUGACCCAUCACCCGAGUUUAAGAGCUUAUUCUAUUCCCAUCUUUCCCAUGUCUUCCAUGUCAUACCAUACCGGGGGUCUUAACAUGUGGAAUUUAGAUCUAUGGAUACCCAACGUAUGAUAUGCUUCUGGUUCCUUUCGCGAUGUUGAUGUUCAUGUUUCUUUUUUUUGGUACUACGAGUAAUGUAGAUUCAUAAUGAUUUUCUCAUAUUGUUUAAUGCUGCUUUUGUUUUCGAAUUUCGCUAAUACUCAGUCCCUUUCUGACGAGAUCAAUUCGCUUCCUUCGUGUUCUGACAGUUGUCUGGACAUAGCUACAGGCUCGCUUGGAUGUAGCGUUGGAGAUUUUAGUUGUUUUUGUGCAGAUGAAAGUGGAAGCCCAACGCAGGGUUCAACAGUAUCCAGUGCGACCAGCUGUAUUCAAAAUUCAUGUAGUCUGCUUGAUGCUAGCAGUGAGUUGUACUUUGUGUCGUCCAGAUUCCAUGUUUAAUUCUUUAUAGCUACUUUAAAGGUCGUUGGCCAGAUUUGUAUCCUCAUAAAUGACUCCACAUCUUCCAUUUUCACAUCCUCGUCAACAACAUCAAGAGCUUCGAGCUCUUCCACGACGUCAUUAAAGAGUAGUAAAACUUCGAGUAGUUCAAUAUUAUCUUCUCCAAUGGCCUCUACGUCAGUGACCGCGACAUCUACGCCGACAUCACUAGCAAGUGCACCAUCUAAGACGUCAACAUCCUCACAUAGCUCUUCUGGUAAGGGUUUGAGCAAUGUCGUGAUAGGUAUGAUCGUCUUGGCCGUCGUGGCCACCUUAUUAAUAAUUGCCGUUAUCGCAAGACUGUUAUGGAAACGAAGAGCAAACCGAAAAAAUUCUUCGACGGGGGGCAGGUUCCAGAAUCUCGACGAAGAAGAUGGGCUUGCGAAGAAACCAGCGGAGCUUCAAGGAAAUGAUGCUCAAAUUUUCAAAUGGGGAGGAAUUGGCGUUCGGAAAUCAAUUAGGGUCCAUACUCAGCGAAUUACUUCAUACAUAUCGCCGGUAUCUCCUAAACACAGAAGUCGUAAUGAGUCCUGGGGUGAUGCACGAGAUCACCUUGCUACGAUAGAUGAAAAUUUACGAGGAGUGGGACAAAGUCCCGAGCCGGUCGGUAGGAUCGAUACUAGUCCAGUACGAUGGCCUUCAACAUCCACAGCCAACUCACCCACAACCCCAGAGAUGACCGAACCUAUGGGUGCCCUCUUCCCUCCCCAUCACUAUCGCUUCAACUCAUCACGAGAAUCCUUACCGCCCUCGCUACCGGCACUUGAUUUGCCUUCCAUAACCCUUUCGUCGACAUCUAGACCUAACACUCCACACCUACCUCUACCUAAAUCUCCACCUCCACGAGAAGCACCCGUAAAGACCGUCGCCCGACUCGACCGGCCCUUUUCCACACCAAAUGCCUCCACACCAUUCCCCUCCGCUCUCUCGGUCAGCGACAACUAUUCCUACCCUGGCCUUCCAACACCAUCCAUCGCCUUAAUCCCCAACACACCCUACACACCUACCACGACCCGCGUCCCUAUAUCCCCAGCCCUCCCUCCCUCCGCACAAUUUCGGCGCCCGCAGCUCCACCUACUCCCAAGCCUCCAUCUCCACCUUCCAAACCUUCCCUACCUCCCCAGAAGACCCAACAGACAUACCACCUCUACCCACCAUCCCCACCAUCUACCCCAUGUCAACCUACACCCUCAGCACCCACGGCUCGCGACGCCGAGCCAGCGCCAGCGCAUCCGAAUUAUCACGCGGUCAAAGCAAACGAUUUCAUCACAGUAAACAAACAUCCCUCUCCAAGAUCAAACCAAAAAUGAUCUACAUAUCCAACACGCCGGGAAUAUCCAUCAUGCCCUCAGACUCUAUAUUCGGGGGAGUCCCAGCCCACAAUCUCUGUGAAACGGGUUCAAAUAAUCCUUUUCUCACCAACACAAACACAAAUACAAAUACAAACCCGCCCCCACCUAGCCCCUCUCACACAAAAAACCCCACAAAACCCGCAGUAUCCAUAACCAUUAGACCGCUAAUCGACCGCUUUGAUACCAUAAGUUCAAACUCAAGUUCAAGUUUAAAUUCAAGUUCAAGAUCUCACAACUCGCAACGCAGUAGUGAGAAACUGAAGUUGCAAGCGCAAAUUGAAGAGAAGGAAACGGAAUGCUUUCGCGAAGGACAGGAGGAAAAGAGUGUAAGGAGGAUGGAGAGAUUGCUGCGUGGAGAGGGAAGGGGAAGUGGAAGGGAAAGGGAAACUGGAAGGGAAAGUGCUGAUUUACGGGUGAAGGGUACGAGUUGGUUUGAUGCUAGUGGGUAGAUUUGAGGGGUUGAUCUCCAUCUUGAUCUUGACCUGUGAUAUGUGAUAUAUGGGGUUUGUCAUGCUAUUAAAGAAUUCUAUGGUUGUUCGAUGAAAAGAGGAGGAGGUGAUGAUUUUUAUCUCUUAUUGGCAACUUGACAGCAAGUUGGCAUGGCGUAUAUAUACAAGGGAAGUGAAAAAGAAGCGGGAACAUCAUGACGGAAUAGGAGUUGAGCGUUUGCGUGGAUGCAGCGCCGGGUUUUAAUUUCCUUGUUAUUUUGGAAGUGAUUAUAUUAUGAAUAUACAGAAUUAUGUUCAUAUGAGAAAAUAGAU